AUGCAAGUUGAGGAUGUCGAGGACGAGGAAACAGCAGCUCCAGAUAGCGUUAAGAGGACCCGCAGACGCAGUUGUAGCGGAUCUGUCAAGAGCGGGGGACGCAGUCCAGGCAGAGAUGGUACUGUGGAUGAACCUGCUGACGAGUCGAGUGAAGACGACUGGGAUGCAGACUUGGAUAGCGAGGACGAGGAGGAGAAAAAGAGAAAAGCGGAGGAAGAGGAAAAAGCGAAGAGGGAGGCUGAAGAAGCUGCUGCUAAGGCUGCUAAGAAAGCUGCUUCUAGUGGUGCAGCAGCAGCAUCAAAGUCCAGCGCUGAUGACAGUGACCAAGACUCUGAUGCCUCCUCUGGCAGUGACUCAGACUCAGAUUCUUCCUCAGAGGAGGAGGAUCUAGGACUCCGUUCUCCAAUCGUUUGUAUUAUGGGCCACGUCGAUACGGGUAAAACCAAGUUGCUGGACAAGAUCCGUCGUACUAACGUUCAAGAUGGCGAGGCAGGAGGAAUCACUCAGCAGAUUGGUGCUACCUUCUUCCCAGAGCAAUCCCUGAACGAACAACUCGUCAAGGUUGACAAAGACCAGGAACUCGAACUUCCAGGGUUGUUAAUCAUCGACACGCCAGGGCACGAAUCGUUUAACAACUUGAGAAAACGUGGUAGCUCUCUGGCUGAUCUGGCCAUUCUAGUGGUGGACAUCAUGCACGGCUUGGAACCGCAGACACUGGAGUCUCUAGAAAUGCUGAAGCAGAGACGUUGUAACUUUGUGAUUGCGCUGAACAAAGUGGAUAGGUUGUUCGAGUGGGACAGCAAGGAGUACGUGGCAUUCAAGAGCUCCUUCGAGAAACAACCGGAGAACACGAAAAGCGAAUUCAGGGAUAGGUACUUGCUUACGUUUCAUUUUUGCAAGUUCACGUAUAUUGAAUAUCUUUGAUGGCAAUUGCUUCUUUAAACCUAAUCCACAAGUUGUGCUUAUCUCCUCCUCGUCGUAUCCAGAAUCUAUCAAACUCCCUUCCAUCAUCUUCACCCACGAAUACAGGUUCCAACACGUCCAGACCCAAUUGGCGGAGAAGGGAUUGAACACGUAUUUGUACUGGGAAAAUCCGAAUAUCAAGCAGAACGUUUCGGUCAUCCCGACGUCAGCGAUCACGGGAGAAGGUAUGCACAUUCACUCAUACUUUUUGGUUUCUUCAUGAUGCUCUACAACUUCCUACAAUUUCCAUCCUCCCUUCUCUGACCGUUCUUGUUGUGGAUUUUGAGCCUACUUAAAAGUACUUUUUAUCUUCACAAGAAUCAAGUGAACAACACCAGGUGUCCCCGAUCUGCUGUACAUGAUCAUUAAGAUGAGUCAAGACGCUAUGCGCCGCAAACUCGAGAUUAAACGCGAACUCGAAUGCACCAUUCUCGAAGUGAAGACCCUAGAGGGUCUCGGCACCACCAUCGACGUCGUCCUGGUCAACGGGGAACUGAACAAGGGUGACACCAUCGUCGUCCCCGGUCUCAAUGGCCCCAUCGUGACCCAAGUCCGCGCCUUAUUGACUCCCCAGCCCUUGCGGGAGAUGCGGGUGAAGGGGGAGUACAUCAACCACAAGAAAAUCGAUACGAGCAUGGGCAUCAAGAUUUGUGCCACGGGGUUGGAGUCGGCGUUGGCGGGUGGGAGUUUGAGGGUAUGCAACGAUCCAGAGGAGCUAGACGAUGUGCGUGAGCAGCUAGAAGACGAGUUCGACGAAGCGGUGAAUGCGUUCGAGAAGAGCGAUGUUGGGGUACAUGAUUUUGUCAUAACAACUUUGUGACUUUCUUGUUCUUCGUCUACAGAAGUUAUACUAGAGUAGUUUAUGGGCACGGUGGGCAACGCUGGGCCGCCGCUGGGCGGCCACGCUUGGCACGGUGGGCAGAACAAGUUAUACUAUGGUUUGAUUAAUAGCGAGAAUAUUUCUUCGUGAAGAACAUAAUUACUUCAUGGUACUAACCUUUUUGUUUUUCCCCACUCACAAAAACAUCUGAAUUUCAACUGCACAACUUCAAGAAUGCAAUGUUCAACAUACCAAAAAUUAAAAUCAUGAAUUUGAAUCAUCAGGUGUACGUCCAAGCUUCUACUCUUGGUUCUCUCGAAGCCCUUCUCGCUUUCCUGAAGUCUGUGGACAUCCCAGUUUUCCAAGCCAACAUUGGUGUCGUCCAUAAAAAAGACGUGAAAAAAGCGGCCAUCAUGCGGGACAAGGGCAAACCCGAAUAUGCCGUGAUCCUCGCCUUCGACGUCAAGGUCGACGAAGACGCGCGCAAAGAAGCCGCUCGCUCCACCACUGGCGUGACCAUCUUCACAGCGGACAUUAUUUACCACUUGUUCGACCAGUUCACCAAGUACAUCGAUGGCGUGAAGGAAAUGAAGAAGAAGGAGGUCUCUGACGAAGCCGUCUUCCCGUGUGUGCUGAAGAUCGUGCCGCAAUACGUUUUCAACAAGAAAAACCCGAUUGUGGUGGGUGUCGACGUCGUCGAAGGCUUAGUCAAAGUGGGAACCCCACUGUGCGUGCCGGACCAAGGAAAUUUGGAGAUUGGCAGAAUAGUCGGCGUUGAACGCGACAACAAAUCAGUGGACUCGGCGAAGAAAGGUAAGGCGAUAAUUUAGUUGGAGUUACUAGUUAUAAAAACAUCAUGAUGGUUAUGUUGUUUAUCUGUGGAUUAGCGUUUCAACAUCAAUCAUGGAUGAAGAGGUUGAAAUUCUAAAGCGCUGACUCCAACCUACGUGACAUCAACUAUUACUUGAAUUUUUCCAGUAUACUCAACCUCCCUCAAUCCUCACAAACUCCAGGUGAGUCCGUCUGUGUCAAGAUUCAACCGAACCAAUUGCAAAGCCACAUUGUUCUCGGACGGCACUUCUCCGUCACGCAAGCGCUAUACUCAAAGAUCACCAGGCAGAGUAUUGACACUCUGAAGGCCCACUAUAAAGACGAAAUGUCUCAAGACAACUGGAAGUUGGUGGUCACAUUGAAGAAAGUGUUUGGUAUCCAGUAAGGUCAAAGAUCGAAUCUGAAUGCGGAUUAAGCAUCGUUGGCGGCCUAGGCUUUCAAAAUAUGAGCUAAGAUUCUGAUAAAACAUGCUACAACUUUCACACAUAAGUAUCUACUUUCAUCACAUGCGACAUAACAUUUCACAACUGACACAUAAAAGAUUUCUGCUUGAACUUUGGUUGUUGUCGAUGCUAAAGACAUAGCCAAGUUGGAACAACAUCUUUGAGUUGUAACAAGGAGCAAAAAGGAUUUCGUCCGCGAAGGCGAAACGAUUAUACAGCAAAACCCGCCUUUGUUCAACAUAGAAUGGCCUAUGCUGUUGCGUGUCCUUGAUAUUCGUUUACUACGCCUCGCAGCGUGGCGAUCCGAAAGAUGUGCCAAGACGAAUUACGAAUCAUCAAUGAUGAUAUCAUAAUCAAGAAUGAGAUUUUUCUAUCAUAGAAGUAGAAAAUUGAACUUUGUAUUGUUUUCACCGACAUGAAACCCUCCACCCGCAACCAACGAUCAAAUUUAAGAAAUUUCGCACCCGCCAUCGUGUAUGCCAUCUUGAAUCAAAUGUGUUGUCCAACCAACCGCUCGUAAUGCGAAAAUAUGAAAAAAACGCCAACAUCAAUCUUUGCUUAAACUGGUCGAAAGAACACACUUGAAAAAGACUCUCUUCAC